AUCGGCGUCAGCUGGAGAAGAGGGCCCCGGCGACGUGCGUAGGUCUGUGUCUGGCCGAAUGGUCCAUUGAGUCAGUUUGAUUCAUUUUAUGAAGAAUAAACUACCGGAGUUUCAUGAUUACACUGGAAUUUGACAAAAAGCACAAAGAUUGAUGAAAUGGCCACUACUGAAAAUGCUGAAUCAGAAAACAAAAGGGAAGAAAAACCAGCCAGCAAUAUGGUGCAGUGUCCGUUAAAAGUACUCUAUUGUGGAGUCUGUUCAUUGCCAACAGAGUAUUGUGAAUAUAUGCCCCAGUAUACAAAGUGCAGACAAUGGCUGGAGAAGAAUUGCCCAGAGGAAUUUGCAAAACUCAAUAUAGAUCAGUCCCCACAGCAGGAUUCAGGAGGAGGAGAGCCACCAUCUGGUGAGGAGGAAGAAAAGAAAAAACAAAGACGAGGUGGCAGAGGUAUAAUUAAACAAAAAAAGAAGACGGCACCUCAAAAGGUUACAAUAGCAAAAAUUCCGAGAGCAAAAAAGAAAUACGUAACAAGAGUCUGUGGCCUUGCAACUUUCGAGAUUGAACUUAAAGAAGCCCAACGAUUCUUUGCUCAGAAGUUCUCCUGUGGAGCAUCAGUUACAGGAGAAGAUGAAAUCACAAUUCAGGGUGAUGUUACAGAUGAUAUCCUGGAUGUUAUUCAAGAGAAAUGGCCAGAGGUGGAUGAUGACUCCAUUGAAGAUCUUGGAGAAGUGAAGAAGUGAUCUGCACUUUUAUUGCUCACUUCACCUGGCAGAAUAAACUUUGGCCAACAGUGAAAAGGCUUUUUAUUACAGAUAUCCUCUCUAGUCAAACACCCUCAAUGGAUUUGAGGCUAUUUUCUUGUACUUUGGUUGCCAAAGCUCCUGUGAAAAUUCUGGAUUAUGUUUUUAAAAAAACAUUGUGUGCACUAAGAUCCUUAGUUUAAUAAAAUAUCUGUUUUGA